AUGAAGUGUCUCUUGUUUAAGUUGUUCAUGUUUAUUUUUAUUCCAAGCUAUACAUAUGCUAUAAAAUAUAAAAUGAAUAAAGUAAAAUGUAUUAAUAAGAUAGGAGAAAUGAAUAUAUAUGCAAAUAUAAAAUUUAAUAUGAAAAAAAAAGAAAAAGAUAAUAUAAAUAAAAAAAUGAACAUAUAUAAUAAUAUGAUAAGAAAAAAACAUAGUUUACACAAUAAUAUUAUUCCUCAACAGUUGGUUUUAUUUCCAAAUAACAAUUUUUUGAAGGAAAUAAAAUAUUUCUAUAUAAAUCAUACUUAUAAUAAUAUCAUAAAAAAAAAAAAAAAAGAAAACCAAAAAAGCGAUUUUAUAUUACAUGUUCGUGGGUGUACAAAUAUAAAACCUAAAACGAAUAAAUCAAUUGCCAAAAGAUUUAAAUUAACAAAAAAUGGUAAACUUAUAAGAAAGAAACCAGGAAGAAAUCAUAUGUUGAGAAAAAAAACAUCUUCAAAUAAAGCUUCAUUGAGAAAAACUACAACUAUAGAUUCUGGACGUAUUGAAAAAAAAUAUAAAAGUGUUAUUUUUAAGUGA